ACCCCAACCAACCCCCCCCCACCACCAAAAACUCCCCCCCCCACCCCACCCCCCCCAACACAACCUCCCCAACACAGACACCCACCACCAACCCCCCACACCCCACCCCCCCCACAAACCCCCCCCCACCACCCCCCCCCCCCCCCACCCCCACCCAACCCCAGCCCCCCCCACACCCCACACCCCCCACCAGCCCCCACCCCAACCAAAACCCAACCCACCCAACCACCCCCCCACCCCCAACCACCCCCCCCACCCACACACCCACACCACCCCCCACCCCCACCACCCCCCCCCCACAACCCCCCACACCACCCCCCCACGCCCACCCACACCCCCCCCCCCCCCCCCCCCCCACCAACCCAACCCCACCCCCACCCCCCACCCCCACACCAAACCCCCACACCCACCCACCCACCCACCCCCCCCCCCCCCACCCCCCAAAACCCACCCCCCCCCCCCCCCCAACCCCCCCCCACCACCCCACCCCCCCCCACCCCGACCCACCACAACCCCCCCCCCCCAACCCCCCCCCCACCCCCACCCACCCCCCCAAAACCCCCACCCCCCCACCACACCCCCCCCCCACACAACACCACCCCCACACCCCCCCCCCCCCCCCCACCCCCACAACCCCCCCCCCCCACCCCCCCCCCACCCACACCCCACCACUCCACCCCCACACCCCCCCCCCAACCAACACCACCCCCCCCAACAACACCACCCACCCCCCACCCCCCCCCACCCCCCCCCCCCCCCCAACCACCACCCCCCACCCCACCCCCCCCCACACCACCCCCCCCCCCCAAACCCCCCCCCCCACCCCCCCCACCCCCCCCCCCCCCCCCCCCACCCCCACCACCCCCACCCAACCCCCCCCCCACCCCCCACCCAACCCCACCCCCCCCACACCACCCCCACCCACCACCCGCCACCCCCCCACCCCACAAACCCACCCCAACCCCCCCCCCCCCCCCACCACCCCCACCCACCCACCACCAUCCACCCCCACCACCCACAACACCACCCCCCCCCCCCCCGCCCCCACCCCCCCCCCCACCCCACCCCCCCCCCCCCCACCCCCCACCCCACCCCACCCCACCACCACCCCACCCCAACCCACCCCCCCCCAACCCACCCCCCCCG